AUGAAAGCUGAUGGAAUUAUGAAACAAAAUGAUGAAACUUACGACGAAAUUUUGAAGAUAACUCAAAGUAUGAUUGGUAUUAUUUCUUAUGAAGACAACAAGUGUUUUAUUGAUUUUGGUAUACGUAAUUUUACUAGCAUAAAUGAUCAGCCGUCUAACCCUGUUUAUGCAAAUGAUUUAUGCCAUCAAGGCGAUCAAGGCGAUCUAGGCGUGCAUAUAUAUUCGGAUCGCCAGUAG